AUGGCGCGCGUGCCUGGAUUUUCUGGAGACUCGGGAUUUCACCGUGAGUCCCUAAUUGAAGGGGUGAAAGUCAAGACUAAACCUGGGAUGGAAGCGUUAGAGGCUAAGGGAUCGCCUUCGACGCGUGAUUAUCAAGGAUCCCCGGAUUAUCAGAGGUUUGGUAGGGGCUCUGAUGACAAGAAAUUUGAAGAGGAAGAUCGAUCAAUCGAUCUGGAAGAUAGAGCCCAAAUCCCUCCUGAGGUUCCUUUGGGGACGACCGCGGAUCGUGCUGCAAAACACGAUCCGGUGGGUGAAAACCCUUUAGCUAAAACUGAACAAAAACUACACAAGAUCACUCAGGCAAUGUCGAAGAAGAAGACUUUAAAGAAAGAUCGAGUGAAGAAAGAAGAGCCCAGAUCGGAUCGACACGAUCGCGGCGUGAAACCGAUCGUGAAACCGAUCAAGUUCGUGGACGAUGCUCUGGCUAUGAAGAUGGAAGGCUGGCAGUUGGAUCAAUUGUCGCAGGGAUUCCAUUGGAAGGCGCUCAAGAAUCUGCUAUCGAAUGACCCCGUGCUACGGAUACUGAAUCCUAAGCUAAUCGGAGAGAUACAAGGUCCGAUAUCUCGGCCGAAGGUGGCGACUAACGCAGUGAAAAAGAUCAGCGCGAUCAUCCAGCUGCUGCAAGAUGCUGGAUACGUCGCUAUGGUAUUCGAUGCGAACGAGCUGCUGGAAUGCGAUCAGGAUCAGGUGAUCCAUGCGUGUCGAUCGCUGUAA